AAUGCCAUAAAACCACUGCUCAUCGAACCCGGCCUGGAUACUUGAAGUUAAGUAGUGCAACUGGCCAGUUGAUUGUCGACAUAAGCUCGAGUGACUUCCAGAUGUGGAUUGUUGGUUUGGUUUUGGUGUCGCUGGCAGUGGGAGUUCCGGCAGCAUGUCCUUCGAGUAGGCAGACGGGAUCCUCGGGGGUGCGUCGGGUCAUCAUCGAUCUGGAUGCCGGUGGAGACGAUGCCUGGGCCCUGACGAUGUUGCUGAUGGACGAGGCCAAGUACAACGUGUGUGUUCAGGCGAUUACUUGCACGCAUGGGAACACCGAUGUGGAUAAUGUGGCCAAGAAUGUGGCCCGGAUAUUGGAUGGUCUUGGCCGGACGGAUAUUCCGGUCUACAAGGGAGCCCAGGAACGUUUGAUCACUCCGGCGCCGUCUAGGGAAAUUUCUCAGUACUUCUGGGGAGUUGAUGGAUUUGGGGACGUUCAUUUUGCUCACACUCCAAGUCUGGCCGUCAUUAAAUCAGGUCAUGCCGUGGAUAGAUUGAACGAACUCUUCCUUAAGUACCCCGGUGAAAUCACCAUCCUCUGCGUGGGUCCACUGACAAAUCUGGCUCUGCUCUUCAAACUGUACCCGGACACCAAGCACAACAUUGCCGGAAUCUACAUUUUGGGAGGCAACCGGAAUGGAGUCGGAAACACAGAUCUUGCCGCCGAGUUUAACUUCUUCGGUGAUCCGGAAGCGGCCAACAUUGUCGUCAACAAUGCCCCGGUCGUGAUGAACAUUUUCCCCUGGGAAACGAUCCUAUCGCUCUCGGAAGAGUUCACCACCCAGUGGCGAUUCAAGGAGUUCGUAAGCACUCCCAAUCCCGCCAUCCAAGUGCUCAAUCAGGUUGAAGAGGUGAUCUACGCUAACCUCCCCGGAUGGACCCCGUGUGAUAUGUACCUGGCAGCCAUCUUCCUCAAUCCAAAACUGAUCGACUCCUCCGUUCGUUACAAGGCCGAUGUGGAGCUGAAUGGCCGCCUAACGCGAGGAAUGCUGGCCAUUCAGUACCACGUACAGGACGAGAAACUGUUCAACGUCAACAUAAUCGAUACGGUCGAUGAAGAUGUGCUGCGGGAAAUGGUUAUCAAUCUGAACCGGGAACCUCCGAAAAUCGCCGGGCAGAAGUCCGGCAAAUCUCGAAAAUUAUACUAGGUAGAUAACAAAUUGAAGAAAAAGACCAAAAAUAAAUUAUGAUUAUCACUUACCACCGAAA